UUACUCAGAAGUCGCAUACUCAUCAUACACACCGUAAUUCUGUGUUUGACAUAAUAUAACUUAUUUAGGUACUUAUAUAUUAUAGUCUUAAUCCAUUCGUAAAAUCGGAUUGUCGUAGACGUGUCCGUAGCACUGCUCAUCUAAGAAUAUCGUCGUUAGUAUAAUACGACCUAAAUAAUCGUGCUGCCUCCGACGUCGAUAUUUGUUUUAUCAACUCGUCCAGCUACAGAGACCGCAAACAAUAGAUUAUGACGUUCGCCAAAUGUUUUCUGGGCUGCACCGACGUCCGUAUCGGUGUCCGGAUAAUUUCCAUAGUGGAUUUUUGGAUCAGUGUGUUGCUUCUGAUAAAAUGCCUUAUGUUGUUAAAUCUAUUCUACGAUGAUUAUUUUUACUAUGACACACGUGCAGAACAAAUAUUAUACACUUUAAUCAUAUUCAGUUAUUUGUUUUUAAUAUCUAUGUUUCUUAACGUGAAUUAUUGCCUGAAAGAAUCAACAUAUGAUCACAAAGUUCAUAAAAUCUAUCAUUGGUUAGCGUUCAACACGAUAUUCCUGGUGUUUCACAUACUGUCCGUUACUUACAUAUUGAUCAAAAAUUACUAUCCCAUCAUACUUUAUUAUUCAAUACCUUUAUGCAUCAUCCACAUGUGCCAGAUAUAUGUGGUAAAAACUUUUUACAAUGACGAACUGCUCAUAAUUACACAACAGUUGCCCACGGCGUCAACUGUCGAGCGCCAGAGCAAUAUGGCGGUCGUAAAUCAAAAUUCGUCCGAUGGUUCCGUGAACAUUACGCUCAGUGCGUCGCCCGCACCAAACCCGAUUGGCCAAACCCAGAGUGCACCACCACUACAAGAACGACAGGAAGCUAGACAGCCAAGCUACAACGGUGCAGCGAUUCCAAUUCCGGUAGCAAACCCUAUCUACCCUCAACUGUAUUACGGCCAUUUCGGACACGACUGCACCGAGCCACACUUUCAAAAUUCGAUGUCAAUGCAAGCGGGACCCUCUUCUGCAGAAAUGCAAUACCCACAAGAAUAUAAUAACCCUCCAGCGUAUUCAUCACCUUACAAUCAACAGUCAGAAAUACAUUCCGUGAGAAAAAUAUAGAUGGUACAAAGCCUAUAGGUAUAUAAUAUAUUAUAUACAUGGCAUAUGUUAAAUGUAUUCGAUGAUCCACUUUUUCGAUAUCAAAUAUAUUAAGAGAUCGUGUAAUAUUAUAUAAAUAAUGUGUUCAUUUGAAGAUAGA